AUGGCUGCAGCGGAUCAGAGUAUGAGUCUUAUGGAUGGCACGUAUUUCGUCGGUCGUAAAGAGAUUCUUGAUUGGAUUAAUAAUCUAUGUAGUAUCUCUCUUUCCAAGGUUGAACAGACAUGUACUGGUGCUGUAGCUUGUCAAAUUUUGGACGCCAUGUAUCCAGGUAAAGUCCAAAUGAGUAAAGUCGAUUGGUCUGCGAAUAAAGACUAUGAGUAUAUCCAGAACUACAAGGUAUUACAGAAAGCUUUUGUGCAACUUAAGAUUGACAAACACGUUGAAGUUGAUCGUCUUGUGCGUGGGAAAUACCAAGAUAAUCUCGAGUUUAUGCAGUGGUUUAAAGCUUUUUUUGAGCGGAAUGCUUCGGGACAGCCAUAUGAUCCAUUAAUUCAGCGGGAAAAAGGAAAAGGAGGUGCUCAAUAUACGCAAAAAUAUGGUGGUGGUGUAGCUAUGUCGGGGGCUCCAAUACGUCGGAAAGUUGGAGCUCCUACGAUGUCAAAAAGCGGCAAAAUGCCGUCGGGAGCUCCGUCGGUCGGAGUGACACGUACGACGAAAACAUCGACGGGAAUGUCACGUCGUCCUGGUGGUAAUAGUGUGGUGGACACGGAAGCUGCAGUUGCUGCGGCGACGGCACCGCUGGAAAAGGAGCUGGAGGAAUUGAUGGCUAGUAAUGAAGCCUUGACGAAUGAAAGUGGAGAGCUCCGGGCAAUGGUUGAAAGCUUGGAGAAGGAACGUGAUUUUUACUUUAAUAAACUGCGUGAGGUGGAGAUCAUGCUGCAAUCGGCAGAAGAAAGUGAAACGAACCCGCUGGCUCAGGCUGUUUUCAAGGUGCUGUAUGCUACAGAGGAAGAGGAGGUGGGAGAGGAAGAGGAGGUGGGAGAGGAAGAGGAGGUGGGAGAUGAACAGGUCGCGGGAGAACCGCAGGACGAGCAAAUGUAG